CCCAACGGUGCCGUUUCCAACCGAGGACUCAAGCUGCGGGUCUAAAAUAAGAGUUUGGUGCAUUCCUGCCUUGACUCUGGGUGACUCUCCCCUGCCGCCCUCUGGCGAUUGUAUUGACCUCCGGGGCUGUUCGCAGCCUCCCUCCGCCCUGCAAUUUGCCUGGGUCCAACGCGGGGACCCUGGGGCUCCGCCUGAAACCAUGGCUGGGGUGGCGGUCUGUGCCGGCUCGGUUGGCACGGUUAAAGCGCGCUGGGAAGAGAGGAUUCGGAGGCUGAACGAGGACCGGGAGAGGGAGAAAGAGCGGUCCAACCGGAAGGCGCUGGGGGGGAUAACGACGGUGUGGCAGGACCGAAUAAAUCUGGCCAGGCUUAAAGAGAAAGUGGUCACCGAAGAAGGAAGAGUUGCGUUGAGGAUUGAGAAAGAAGAAUGGAAGUCACUACCAGAUGCAUUACAGCAAAUGACAUAUUUACAAGAGUGGCAGAUCCACAGAACUGGCUUGGAAAGAAUUCCUCGAUUUGUUGGAAAAUUCGAUAAUAUUCUUGUGCUGGAUUUGUCACGAAAUUCGGUCAAGGAGAUUCCAAAGGAAAUAGGACAAUUGACUAAACUGCGAGAGCUCUACAUCAGUUAUAACAGACUGCGUGAAGUGCCUGAGGAGCUUGGUGACUGCGAAAACCUGGAGAAACUAGAUCUAGCUGUAAACAGGGAUCUCUGCGAUUUACCUGAACAGCUGUCUCAUCUGCAAAGGCUCCACCACCUCGACCUGUCCGUGAACUGUUUCACCACCUUCCCCUCAGCUAUUCUGAAUAUGCCCGCACUGGAAUGGUUAGAUAUGGGCAGUAACAAACUGAAGGAGCUGCCGGAUGAUGUAGCCAGAAUGAAAAACCUACACACAAUUUGGCUACAGAGGAAUGAAAUCACUCACCUGCCAGAAGCCAUAAGUGAAAUGAAAAAUCUCGGUACUCUAGUUCUAACCAAUAACAAGCUACAGCAAAUUCCAGUUUGUAUGGAAGAAAUGAUAAAUUUGAGGUUUGUGAAUCUGAGGGAUAAUCCUCUUCAGCUCCAAGUAACUCUACCCAAGUGUGUAAACCCAGAGGAGGAGGAAGACCGUGAAUUAUUUGGGAUAGAAUUUAUGCAAGCCUACAUUCAGGAAUUAAAAAAUAGCAAAACUAAAACUUACACCUCAGAUUUGUUGGUCACAAUUGAGGCUGAAAUGUCCUACUGAAAUCAAGCUGAAUUCACUUGCGAAGCAAAUAUUAGAUUAAAAGAAAACAACGUACAGCUGAAUAUUCAUC